GUAAACGAACCGUUACGAGUGAUGGAAGAGAUAAUACGUGCAUAAGUUGACUAUUGGCUUCCUAAAAUUGUAGACUUUUGUUACCAAAAACAUUUCCAAAAGUUAAAAUCACAAGUGCAAAACAACAAAAAGUUUGCCCGUCGUCUACGCUGUGUGCGCGUCGUCGUUCAUUUUGUCUGUUGCUUGUCGCCUCUUCCGCUUUUCGGCAAACAAGCAGCGCAACAAAUUUUUGGCAAAAAAACGCAUCAGGACAAUAACAAAAGCAAACGCGCGCGCUCAACUAUCAACUUAUCGCCGCCUCCUCCGCUUCGUAUUCAUCACACAUCCCUUCUUCAAGCAAACACCAGAGACAGCCCCACGCGCUUCGCUUUUUUGACAGCCCAAAAAGUGGCUGCGACAUGCGAAACGCAUAACAAAACAAAGCGCACGAGAGCUCGAGGCAUUGACGAAUUACAUACAUAGACACACAUAUGUAUGUAUUGAUGCACACCAAAGUGGAAGCUGUAAUGUAAAGCGUGUGAAGUUUGAAGAAACCCAAAAAAACACGACCAAAUUGCUAACUAAAAGUCUUAGAAUUCAACUGCUGCUGCAAACUGUAUGACUGAUUUUCACUGUAGAAAAAGCUGCAAAGCAAUUACCUCCUAGACUUUUCGACUAUGCCCAUUUGUGUAUAAUAUUAAACUAGAAGUUGCCUACUAAGUAGUUAGAAAAGAGAAUACAGUUAAAACUAAAAGCGAAUUGGAAAUCCAACGCAGGCGUAAGCGAGCGAGGAAUGCAGCGUUGUCCUUAUUUACAUGAGAUGCGCGAACGUCUAUUGGAUCAGCCCAGAGAAACUUUACAAUUGGAGAAUAUGGAGCGAGCCAAUUUGCUGGAUAAUCGACAAUCGGCCACCGAGUCAAAUCAGGUCGGCACUGUGGUCAAGCUGCAAGGCGAUGGCUACCAUACAAGUCCUGCGCAUCAGCGUACUCCGCUAGUGCCACACGAUCUGGGCGAGGACUUCAAUUUGGAUUUCGAUGAUGAUUUUCCCAUCGAUGCAAGACGACCAAAAAAUGCCAAGGUUUGCUACACGUUCAAGCCAAAUCCAAAUAAGCACAGUUUUAUGCCGGCGAACAUAACGGUCCAGGGAACGUAUCAAACCAAUCCAAUAACGGGACCAAUCGAACUAUGGACAUCGCUGUUUAUUGUGACCAGCCUGGUGUAUGCGAUUCUAUUGAUCGUUGUGUGCAUCGCCUACGUAAUUAGCGAUGUAACCACACACCGACUACCGGUACUCUACUACGAGACAUUCUUCACUUAUCUCUAUGGCGCCAGCAUACUCUUUUUGCUCUACGUCUUUUGUUUCCUGCUGCAAGAGAGCUCUUGCUGCAAUGGCGGAGUACCCAAACCAAAACCACCACCCAAGGAAAAGAAAUCGAAGAAAACAAAGAAUGCAGAUCCAGCCGAUUCGAAGGAUGCGAAAGGCUCUAAGGACUCUGGCAAAGCUGGUAAAGGCGCCGCAUAUCAGGAAGCUGCUACGGAUGCUGAGGUGGCCGUCACCCCGAAGAACGUACGCAAACGGAAGACUACGCACAGCGAUCUCACGCAUGGAAGCUUCUUUCUACGCGUCGGUGCCAUUGCUUUUGGUCUGGGAGCAAUGAUCUACAUUGGCUUGGAGUUCGGCUCGUUUUUCGAAAUUCCAUUCGAUUCGCCCUGUCAUCAUAUUUUGAUUGGAGUUAAUCCGUUGCUGCAAAUGAUUUUCACAUUUAUGCAAAUGUAUUUUAUAUUCAUGAAUGCACGGUUGAACAUACACCGCUUCAAGGUGAUUGCUCGCUUUGGUCUCAUGCAUGUGGUGGCCACCAACAUUUGUGUCUGGAUCCGCACACUGGUCAAGGAGUCGUUGCUGGAGAUAACGAUUCAUCAUCAGAAGCUGGAGAGCGACCCCGGCGCCAGCUCUAUUGCCCACUCGAUACGCCAGCAUGCGCUCAGACAUGCGGGCACCGUGCUCCGCACCCAUGCCGGACCCAACAAUGAGUUCGAGGUGCUCGAUGGCGAGGACGUGCUGCCCCGCAGCGUCUACAAGAGCGACAAUGUGCUCUCGAAAUUGGUGCGCAACACUGUCGAUGGCAUUUCGAAGAGUCUGGGCAUGGGCGGUGUCGUUAGCAGCAGCACCACUAGCACCACCAGCACCACUCGCGCUCCGUAUACGACGCCCGGCUAUCAAUGGCACAGCACUACUAUGGCCCGCAAGCUGAAGAAGUUUAUCACUAGCACCACCGCCGCCACCAGCACCAUGGGCAGCAGCAGCAGCCACAUUCCUACCAGCAGCUCAUCCACUAGCACCAGCAGCACCACCACCACCACCGCCGCCAUGCCCACAUUCACCGAGACCAGCAGCAGCAGCUUCACCAGUGAGUCGCCCUUCAAUAGCAUGCACCGCCUCUUCUCAAGCGCCGCACCGAGCCUGACGCCCGUCGACGUGGCCGCACCCACGUUGCCCGCUGCAGCUGAUGGCAACGCCUUUGCCAGCAGCGCCACAUCCUUCCUCAACACUCUGGCCGCCGCCGCCUCCACGCCCAGCACCAAUGCCAAUGUGCAACAAGCCAGCAGCACCGAAAGCGCUGUCAACAUGAUGAACAAUCUACUGGGACGCGGCAUGGAGAACAGCUUCCAAACCUAUUCGGACUUAUCGCACGAUGAGUCCAACGGUUUGAUUACGUUCGAUAAUCUGGAGAGUCUGGACAACAUCUAUCCGGCGGCGCUGUCCUCCAACAUUGGCACACUCAACUCCACCGCCUGUGGCCGCAUCGACAUCAUGGGCACCAUUGUCUAUGACUCGGCUCCGUUCUUGUAUCCGUUCAUCAUUGAGUAUUCGCUGAUUGGCGCCGUCGUUUUGUACGUCAUGUGGAAGCACAUCGGACGCUAUCCGGGCCGUCUCAACGAUGAGGAUCUGGAGCAUCGGCUGGAGGUGAUGCUGUCGCGUCGUGCCGUUGCCAUGGCGCAGCAGGCACGCUCCGGUCGCGUCGACUGCGUUGGCUCGUCGAAGGGACUCUUCUUUGGUCUAUUGCUGUUGGUCGGUGCGCUCAUCUGCUUGAUACUCUUCUUCGUCUUGGUGCGUCAUCAGCAGUUCUCGCUGUUGGCCAUUUAUCUCGCCGAUGCCAGUCACAUUAUACUCAUGGGCUUCGCUAUACUGGCCAUCAUAGUGGGCUUCAUUAGAGUCAAGAACUUGAAGUUCCGCUGCGAGGAGCAGUCCAACCUGAACGACAUCUUGCUGCGCAUCUCGGCCUUUGGGCUCUUCACCUACUCCGUGUUCAGCAUCAUUGCCGGCAGCUUGAAGGUGCUCGAGAGCGAGCCCAGUCUGCUAGUCACAACCACCGGCGGCAUGGCCGUAUUCCAAGUCAUCUUGCAGUUGCUCUUCAUCGCCGAUGUUUCCCGUCGUCGCGUCCACUUGCCCGAGCACGACCGCAGCAAGCCCGGCCGGCAGAUCGUCACCUUCUUGCUCAUCUGCAAUGUCGCCAUGUUCGCCAUCUACACAUUCGAAGCUCAAAAAGUAUUCGCCAAUCCUGUAAGUAGAUAUGUGCAGCUGGAGUUCUACGGAUUUGUGCCCUGGUCUAUCAUCCAGCGCAUUACACUGCCUCUGUGCAUUUUCCAUCGCUUCCAUAGCGCCGUCACACUUGCCGAGAUCUGGAAGACCACCUACAAGGCGCGCUUGGAGUAAGGAGUUACGCCUCUGACAAUUGCACCUCGAUGCACUCGCUGAGAGGAAAUCAAAUGCACCAAAACACACAGCCCAGCAAAUUUAAAAAGAAAAAACAAAAAUCGAAAAAAAACGAGAAGAUCAACAACCAAAAAAAAAGAACAAAAUAA